CCAAAUUGGGAGAUAAUUGUCUAUUUGAUGAGGAUUGUGGGACUGUAUGGCACGCAAAAUGUUCGAGUGAUAACAAAUGUGUUUGUAUGUUAAAUCACAUACAAAAAAAUAUAAAUAAUUGCGUGCCGUUAUUAGGUGAAUAUUGUUUAAAAAAUGGCGAGUGUGGGACGGAAAAUUCUUUCUGUCUGAAUAAUGAAUGCCGAUGUAAGGAUUCUUUUUAUGAAUAUUCCAAAAAGCAAUGCCUACCAAAAAUUAUUGGUAAAGAAUGUCAGGAAGAUACAGAUUGUAGAGAAAUAAAAUUUGCGGAAUGCUCAAAAAGAAAAGUUUGUGUCUGUGCCAAAAACACAGUAGCGCUAUCUCCGGGAUUGUGCUACCCAUUAUUAAAUGAAGCUUGUCAAGUGGAUGAAGAUUGCAAGGUAGAUUAUUCUAUUUGCAUCGAAAAUGUAUGCAAAUGCAAACCUAAACAUUUUUCUUCUUCUAUUGGAAAUUGCACGCAAAUGUAUCUAGGUAUGCCUUGUAAAUAUGACUUACAAUGUAGAAUCUACAUGGAUAAAACGAAAUGCUCCCCGGAU